AUGGCAUAUUUGCUCUGUUCUCUCACAAUACUAAAAUUAAAGAUGUAAAACAUACAAUAAUGCCAAUAGAAUAUCCCGAAACAUCAAAUGAAGGAAUUGCUUAUAUAUUUUAUGUCAAAGAAUGGAAUGAUGUCUCCUCUGUAACAAACGAUGUAAUUAAAAACUCAGUAUUCCUAUUCAAACUGACACAUGCCAAUAGUAUGGGCAAGCCUAGUGGUGGAAGUUCUAAAGUAGGAUGUCCUUAUUUUGUAUGUCCACUUGCUGGUAAUGAAAUAUUAAAUGCAUAUCAUAAGACAGUAAAUCUUGAAAAUGACCAAUUUAUUUUGAAUCUUAAUUCAAAUGUUCCUUCUGAAAGACAAAGACAUGUUACUACUCAAAUUGAGUACCUUGCAGCUAUUGCAGUGAAAUGCCCCUUUAAUAAUUAUCAAUGUGGCGGAAAACCUUAUAUAAAAAAAUACAAAAUUCAUGGAACUGAUGAAUUUAGUGACUUUAUCAGCUGUGAUAGAUAUUCUUACCACCAAAAAGGUCAUUUAUCUUUACAAAUAAAACCUGGUGUUAGUAUCGAAUUAUUAAGAACAUUAUUUGGUAAUGAUGAACAUAUCUCUGAUAAAAACAAUGACACUAAUUGCACUACUAUUGUUUCUUCACACAUUCCAUCAUUUAUAAAAGAUAAAUUGAAAGCUUUAAUCCAAGACUUAGAAUCUCAAAUUGUGGAAAUUAAGGCAAAUCAAUUAUUGACAGGUCAUUUAAUAAAAUCUGUUUUUGGAUCUAACUUCAUUGCAGAAGUCCAUUCUAGUGUAAACAAUAUAGAUAAAUUGAGAUAUAUGAUAAACCAUGUACAAAAAGAGAACAACCCCCAUGGACAAGGAUUGUUGGGACUUUUACAUGAUUAUACAACAAAUAAAAACAGUUUAGAUUUAAAGGAUUAUAUUCAAAAUAUUAGUGAGUUUGAUGACAAUUUUUAUUAA